GUCAAACAUCAAAUGUAACAAUGGCAUCAUUCUGUCUUAUAACGAAUACAAAUCGUUCAAAAUAUUAUAUAGUACCUACAACAAGUGUUUAUCAAUUGGAUGAGAAGGAUGAAUUGCAACCCGUUAAACCAAGCCAAUACCAGGAUGGUAGUGUGUGUUAUGUCCGCGACAAUCAUCUGAAAUUAGGCAACGCGACUUUCACUAUAGUCGACACUGAUGAUGAUUAUAAUGCAAUUAUAAAAAGGAAUCCGGUGGAUACUCGCAUUAUCACUUCAAAAUUGCCUGAAUAUAGCCCACGUCUUAUAUCAGAUCAGUCGUUGAAGAAAACUUCAAAAAAAAAAAAAGGCACACUUGCAACUUCAAGAGACAACAAUGUACAGGACUCGGGAGAUUAUUACCGUAUCCGAUUAGCUGAACCGGCUCAGAAAGAGCUACCUGAAUUAAGUGACAAUAACGUAGAUGAUGAAGAUGAUGGAGCUAACAAAGAGAACGAUAAAAGUCCUCCGCUAAAUCAAACUCCUUCUCUGAAUGAAACUCGUUCUCCAGAUGAAACUGAUCUGCUCAAUGAAACUUCUCCGAUGAAUCAGAUUCGGAAAUCACUUCAAACACCACGACCAAGAAAGAAGUUCGGUAUGCGAAGACCAUAUAAUGCAACUGUAAGACAGCUUAAUACUAUAAGUAAAAAUCUAGUAAAGAUCCGAAAAGCUCAGAGAAAUAUAAAAAACAAGAAUGGAAAUUUACAACAGCCGCAGCAGCAGCAAACUUCCAAAAUCCCGAAUUUUAUAGAGACGAUCACUGUAGAAAAUGAUGUAGAGAACUCUGCCUAUAUUUACAACGACGAAAGAAAAUAGACUACUUGCCACAAUCAAGAGAUAAUAUUGAGCUUUAUGUAAAAAAAUGGAUCGGGGAUUUCUGCAAUGAGAAUCGCCGCAAAAUAAAACAAAACAACGCAGCGCAACAAUAA